AUGAAGGAUUUCUUCGACAAUUUCGAGGUCUCCGAACCUCUGGAACCUCGUCAUGCAUUCUUUGGUGGAAGGACUAACGCAACACGCCUAUACUACGACGUCCAGCCAGAAGAGAAGAUCCGCUAUGUCGAUUUCUGCAGCCUCUACCCAUGGUAUGUAUCUUGUUAAAGUCCUUUAACUCAAACGUGCUUGUCGUUAACCUUCUUAAGCAAUUUUUAGGUGUAACAAAUACGGCGAGUAUCCAAUUGGCCAUCCUGAGAUUAUUACUGAGAACUUUCAACCUAUCAGUGACUACUUUGGUUUGGUGAAAUGUUCUGUGCUUCCUCCUCGUGCCCUAUACCAUCCCGUCCUCCUUUACCGUACUCAGGGUAAAUUGAUGUUCCCGUUGUGUCGUACCUGUGCCAACAACCUUCAACAAGAGCCCUGCCAUCACAGCGACGCCGAGCGAACACGUCAUGGGACGUGGGUGACUUUGGAGCUCGAGAAAGCACUGUAGAAAGGCUACGAACUGGUGAGAGUCGACGAAGUUUGGCACUUCUCCGAGCACACGGAUAGACUGUUUAAGGACUAUAUUGAUACGUUCCUCAAAAUCAAACAAGAGGUAAGGUUUCAUCACAUGUGUGAUAUUGUCACAUCAUUAGUUUCUUAUUAUUCCUUUCUCUUUUGCAGGCGAGUGGCUUUCCGCAGGGAUGUGACACCGACGAGAAGAAGGGGCAGUACAUCGCUGACUACGCCGCAAAAGAAGGUAUUCAGCUGGAUCCAAGACAGAUUGUCCAGAAUCCUGGUCUGAGGGCGUUGGCGAAGCUCAUGUUGAACUCUUUUUGGGGUAAGUGCAAUGGCAAAUUGUCCACUAACGGUAUUUGUUUUUCCUAGGGGAAAAACAAGUGUUUGUUAAAAACCUAUCAUUUCUUGUAGGAAAGUUUGCGCAACGACCCAACAUGACCAAGGUCAAAAUCAUAUCGGAUCCAGCUGAAUAUUUUGACCUCCUAUCCAGCGAUCAGAUUAACGUCACCGACGCGAACUUCAUCAAUGACGAGCUCAUCGAAGUCCACUUUGAAAACGUUGACGAAUUCGUGGAAGCCGAUGGAAAGACAAAUGUGGUCAUCGCCGCGUUCACCACAGCCCACGCCCGCCUCAAGCUCUAUGGUGUCCUGGAGCAGUUAAAUCGCCGGGUCCUGUAUUUUGACACAGACUCAGUAAUUUAUGUUUCAAAGGAAGACGAAUGGGAGCCGCCGACGGGAUCCUAUCUUGGUCAGCUAACAGAUGAGUUAGAUGGAGGUUACAUUACCACCUUUGUGUCUGGAGGUCCUAAAAACUAUGCCUACGAGACAAGCACAGACAAAACAGUAUGCAAAGUUAGAGGGAUCACCUUAAACUACAGGACUGGCAUAGCUGAGAAGCCUUUUCACAAAGGUGGGACUUUCUAAAGAAAGGAGGGACUUUCUAAAGGGACAGUCGGCUAUAAUAGGGACUAAUGUUGGUAAUUAUGUUCCCAUGGGGACAUUCGUCUGUGCCGGGGACAUCCGGGGACAAACAUUAG